AUGGAUUUGCUUCCAUGCACAUCAAGGAUGUGGCUCUUUAUAAUGGGGGCAGGCUUGGUCCAAGCCCUUGUUACUUCAGGAAUAUUUAUGAAAAGAAGAACUGUGCACCCAGAAGCUACUAUGGAUGUUGUAAGCCACCUAUCUGUUAUUCUUUUGUUUGCUUAACUCAAGGCAUUUAUGGUUAUUAGUGCUGCUUAAUUGUGCUAUAUUCCACAUACCUGAAAUUUGUUUUUUAUGGAAUGCUGGGAUUGCCAGGGGCAAGGAAAUGAUGAUGAUGGUGAUGAUGAUGAUGAUUUUGAAGUAUGUACCCUGCCCUCUCAAUUGCAUGAUUGUUUUUUGUUUUUUAAGCAUUCCCAAAGUAGCUCCCCACAUCUGCUUCAUGUAACCCCAGCACUCUUUGGGCUUCAUUUAGGUAUCAGCAGUAGCAAGUUUAGCAUCUUGCCCUAUGCAUUAUUAUUGCUCAACAGCAUGAAGAAAAAUCUUUAAGUGGUCCACAAAGACCUUCAGCAAUUUUCAAGUCGUCCAAGAGGAUUGAGUGGAGUUUGGGAUACAUUACUAUUAAAGAUGUACGGUAGUCUUCUGUGUCCAGGAGUUUUACAGUCCCAACUGUCAGAGAACUGGACUUUCUGACAAGCAGCGAAAGAGAAGGCACAGAGGAAGAGGGGAGGAGAAGCAGUUAGCAACAGGAAUUUGACCUUUGUAGACACAGAAACGAAGAGACACAGAGAGCAGGAAUUCAUCUGCAAGGCUCUGAUAGUGACACAGACACAGAAAUAGAGAGAAUGUACUCACCCUGAUCGUGUAGACUCAUAAGAUUAGCCGAGAAGCGUGAAAAUUACAGGAAGUGGAGGUGGGGGUUUUCCUGUUGGGCGAAAAGGGGGCGGAGCUCAGUCCCGACAACAGUGGCAUCGGAGGAAGACUGAAAUUAGUGGAGUUCCAACCAGGGCUUUUUGUUGAACCAAUAAAUCUUAAUUAAUCAACUGCCGCCUUCAUCUCAUGUGUGUCGGAGAGACCCAAGCCUUACACCAACCAAACCGUUCUUUUCUCCCCUGCCACCAAGGGUGAAAUUAUUUCUUUCAGAGGAUAUCCCAGUGAGACAUAUGAAGUGGUGACAGAUGAUGGGUAUAUCCUGAGUAUUAACAGAAUUCCUCAUGGGAAACGAAAUAACCGGAAAUCGGGUGAGUGUGUUUUUUGAGGUAUAUAUUAUGUAUACAUGCAAAUACUGUGAGGACUUUUAAUUUUUUUGUUAGAAAAACAAUAAUUUCUUGCUUUGGAAACUUUUUACUUAUUGCAAGAAAACCUUAUACCAGAUGAAUCUAAUUUAUUUUUCUGAUGGAGUUUUUGAUGGGGGUACAAGUCUGGUGGAACAAAGGAAUGCUAUGGACAUUGUGUAAGGUUUUUGACAAAGUCCCCCUUGAUAUUCUUGCAGAGAAACUGGUAAAAUGAGUACAGUAUCCAAUGUCACUAAAGACAGAAUUGGGAUUUGAGUUGCUAUUAACAGAUUGGAUAACUGGCCAGAACUUUAAGUAAGGAUUGGGCGGCCAUCUAUUGUGGAUGCCUAACGAAAUGAAUUUCAGUAUGGACAAAUAAUAAUAAUAAUAAAUAAUAAAUUUUAUUUAUAUCCCGCCCUCCCCAGCCGAAGCCGGGCUCAGGGCGGCUAACAACAAUAAAACAGUACAACACAACACUCUAAAACGAUUCAUUAUAAAAUCAAUUCAAAUCAAACCAAUGGCAAUGGCAACCAUUGGGCCAGAGCUCCACGAAGAUUGCCGAAGGAGGGAGUCAGGCUGUGCCCUGGCCAAAGGUCUGAUGGAACAGCUCUGUCUUGCAGGCCCUGCGGAAAGAUGUCAAGUCCCGCAGGGCCCUAGUCUCUUGUGACAGAGUGUUCCACCAGAUCGGAGCCACAGCCGAAAAAGCCCUGGCUCUAGUUGAGGCCAGCCUAACCUCUUUGUGGCCUGGGACCUUCAAGAUGUUUUUAUUUGAAGACCGUAAGUUUCUCUGUGGGACAUACCAGGAGAGGCGGUCCCGUAGGUACGAGGGUCCUAGGCCGUAUAGGGCUUUAAAGGUUAAAACCAGCACCUUAAAUAUCAUGUCCUGCACAAAUAUAAAAUUGGGAAAACCUGGCUUACCAGUGGUACGUAUGAAAAGGAUUUAGGAGACACAGUAUACCACAUGCUGAACAUGAGUCAACAGUGUGAUGCAAUAGCAAAAAAAGCUAAUGCUAUUCUAAGCUGCAUCGACAGAAGUACAGUCUCCAGGUGAAAGGAAGUAAUAGUGCAGCUCUAUUAUGUCUUGGUCAGAGUACACCUGAAAUACUGUGUCCAGUUCUGGGCAUCACAAUUUAAGAAAGAUAUUGACAAAUGCUUUGGAGUGUAGGACCUGAACCAAUGGCUUCAAGUUGCAAGAAAGAAGAUUCCAUCUAAACAUCAGGAAGAACUUUCUGAUGGUAGGAGCUGUUUGACAGUGGAAUGGACUCCUUUGGAAGGUGGUGGGCCUUCCUUGGAGGUUUUUAAGUAAGGAUUGGAUGGCCAUCCAUCGUGGAUGCCUUACUUGAGAUUCUUGCAUUGCAGAGGGUUGGACUCUAUUAUUCUGUGUGUACAGAGGAGGAUGGCAAAGAUGAUAAAGGGUCUGGAAAACAAGCCUUAUGAGGAACAGUUGAGGGAAUUGGGUCGGCUUAGCUUAGUAACUAGGAAACUGAGAGGAGAUAUGAUAGUCAUCUUCACAUAUCUAAAGGGCUGUCCCAUGGAUGAUGGAGCAAGCCAAGGGAUUCAAAUUAUAAGAAAUCAGAUUUUGACUAAACAUCAAUAAGAACUUUCUUACCAUAAGAGCUGUUGAACAGGGGAACAGAGUCCCACAAGAUGUGGUGGACUAUCCUUCCUUGGAGAUUGUUAAGCAGAGGUCGGAUGGGCAUCUGUCAUGGAUGCAUGCAUUGCAGGGGGUUGGACUAGUUGAUUCUUGGGGUUCCUUCAACUCUAGAUAACUAUGAUUCUAUAUGCGCUUCAGCCAUCAAGAGUGAGUCACUGCCUGAUUUUUUGAUAUUUUUUUAAAGGAGAGGGCUAACAGGGUAAAUGUAGACACUGCCAGCUCAAUUUCCCAAUGUAAUUAUGUGUGUUGUUUGCAGCUUUUCCUUGGGUGAGGAGUUCAGUCUGAUGAAAAUGUGGUAGGAGAGCUUGAAGGCAUUGCCUUUGUUAAGCUUGAUUAAAGGAUGAUCUGAAAACUGAGCAGCAAAGGUGGUGCAAUGAAGGAAGGGCAGAUGGACUGAGCCUCCUGCUUCCAGUGCUAAGCUCCAUUAUAAGUCAAAAAAAAAAAAAAAUUUAAAAUACAAAUUGCCCAGUAGCACCUUAUAGACCAAGUAAGUUCUCGUAUACGAUUUCGUGUGCAUGCACACUUCUUCAGAUACAUGCACAUGAAAGCUUAUACCAGAACAAACAUAAUUGGUCUAUAAGGUGCUACUGGACAAUUUUUUUUUAAAUUUUACUUAUAUUUCAAUUGCGUCAGUCCAACACGGCUGCCUACUUUAAUCUCCUUAAUCAGGUUCAAAGAUCAAGCAGUAAAUUAUUUCAGCUUAAUCAACACUCUAAUCAAUACUUUAACAAGCGCUGCUACCUACGAUUGCUCUACAUAGUUGAGCUAUUCACAUGAUACCAGAUAGAUGAAAGCAAUCAUUCACAAUAUUAAGGCUAGUGUUCUGAUUCCUCAUAUAGUACUUUUAAAUCAAAUGUGAUCAAUACUGAACUGAUGAUUUAUGUUGGUUCUUAAAAAUACCUCUACCUUGCUUUCCAUAUUGCAUUUAGAAGAUACUCAUUCCAGACUGAAAUUCCAGACAUGUUAAAUUGCUGGGCUGCUCUACAUCCCACGUUUAUAGUAGGCGAUACACACUAGUGGUCAGUGAGGCAGAACAAGCGGGGCAUCAUUGUUCUCUUGGCUUCUUAACACCACCAUCACUGGUGAUUAUUGGGAAGGAGAGCAGAGGUGCAAUGUGAGGAGAGCUUGGCCACGUGAGGCUGUUCUGGGUCAAGCUGCCUGUGCCUUAGAUGAAAUUGAUGGACUAUAUGGAAUUGGCGGAGAUGACUGGCAGAAUCCGUGACCAGGGAGAAGAGUCGGUGGAAGAAGAUUGGAAGAAAUUCAAAGAUUAUUUACAGAAAUAUUGCAAAAUUAAAGAAUGUUAGAGUGAUGAUGGGAUUGAAAUUAAGUGGCUUCUAGCUGUACAGGUUUUAAAGUUAUAUAUAGAUCAAGAUUAAGGAUUAGGAUUAAAAAGGUUAAAAGAAUGGAUAAUUGGUUUUUAAUAGGUAAAAAUUUAAUGUUAUAUUAUAUUAAGAUUAAGGAUUGGGAUUAAAAAGGAGGGAAAGGAAUUGCGGGACAAACAAACUGAAUUGAAAUACAAAAGAGGGAGGUAUGAGGAAGUCCGGGAAUCAAGUAAAUGUAAAAGAAGUUAUGAAAAGACGGAAUUGUUUUUAACUGGUUUUUUUUCCUCUUUUUAUCUUUUUGUAUUUUGUAUUUUUUAUUGUGUAUCUUUCUUUUUUCUUUUGAAAUUUCUCUUGUUUAUUAAUGUGAUUUUAUUUUUUCUGAAACUUUAAUAAAUAUUAAUUAAAAAAAAAACAAGCUGCCUGUGCCUUGCCCUUCCCUUCUGCAUCUUAUUGGAUGGAGACACUGAAAUGACUUAUUGUAGCUAUGCUUAUAACUAUUAACUUUUAGGUCCCAGGCCUGCAGUGUUCUUGCAGCAUGGCUUGCUUGGUUCUAGCAGUAACUGGGUGUCAAAUAUGGACUACAACAGCCUGGGCUUUAUAUUGGCUGAUGCUGGUUAUGAUGUUUGGCUUGGAAACACCAGAGGUAACACUUGGUCCAACAAACACACCAACUAUACUGAGAAGCAUCAAGAAUUCUGGCUAUUCAGGUAGAGUGAGCUUUCUAAACCUAAUUUCUUGUUUCUGGUUCCUAGUUUACCCUUUGGGGAAAACUUUAAUUAGUCAUGCUCUUCCUAGUGGAGCCAUGUUUUUCCACCUCCUCUUAUAAUAUAUGAUAUGGAGGUAUAGAAAUACAUUUCCAAGUAAGUAAAAUUGGUAGUUGUUCCUUUAAACAAACAAAUAACUUGUUUGUUCCUGGGGGGAAUAUGGUCUUGGUGAACUCCAUAGAUGUUAGCAGAUCAGCUAAACUUCAGGUGCAAUUAGAUUUGAUCUGGAAAGACUCAAUAUUGGUCCUUCUGAAUCUCUGCUGGAAUUUGAAGCUCCUCAGACAGACAUGGGUUGGAGGGAAAGCAGAGUCCUCUCCUGCCCACAGCAUAAAUACUGUUCUUCCUGAAAGUGAUAUUUUAAAAAUAUUUUUGUUCUUGUAUUGCACUGGGCAGAGAACAGGGCAUUUUAGGCUUACACAAUGUAGAUCCCACUGCAUAUACACGUCUGUUAAACAUAGGCUGUUCCUUUUUCUUUGCAGUUUUGAUGAAAUGGCUAAAUACGACCUUCCAGCUUCAAUAAACUUUGUCCUGAACAAAACUGGUCAGGAAAAAAUAUUUUAUGUUGGUCAUUCCCAGGGCACCACAAUGGGUAGGUUAGCAAGAUUCGUAAACACAUGCUGGCAAUUCUAUUAGCUACAUACUUAUUUGUGCAGCUGCUGUUGUAUAUUAAAUUCAAGAAACAUCUUGCUCAUAGUACAGUGAUAUUCCAUGGAACCUAUGGACACCUAUGGAGAAGCAUCUUGAAUAACAAUCCCUGCAUUUGGGUUUCCUGCAUUUUCCUCCUUAGUGAUAUUUCCCAUAUAAGUGAUGAUUCAAAUUGGUUAAGGGGCUUAUAAAAAGUGGUUUGUCUGGACUGAGAAACUGUUAAAAUCCUGGGUUGUAAACCAGUAUCAAGCCUAGUUUGCAGUCAGAGUUUAGGUAACAGUUUCCCAGUCUGGAUGUAACAGCAAGCUAUUGUUUAACAACCUCAAGAUGAAAUAUCUUAAGGCCCCUGAGACAAGAGGAGAAGAGAACUUGUUGGCUGAACACUCCUUCUUAGUCUGAUAAAUCGUAGUUCUCUAACCAAACCGGUUUGAAAUUCACCUCACCUCUGACUCUCACUUCAUGUUUUAUUGGUUCUUAGUACAGCCUAGAGUGGCUUGAGAAACCUAGCUAGAUGGGCAGGGUAUAAAUAAUAACAUUAUUAUUAAUGAUGUUAUUAGCCACAGAAUGUAUUACGUAAGUGAAUUUACGAUUAUUACACCACUGAGGAAAUAUAUGCAGCACUAAAAAGUUUUAAGUAGGUCAGAAACAAGGCAGGGCGUUUUCUGUUGUAAUGCGCAGAUUAUAAUGCACCAUCCCUAGUAGGGUUGCUACCAGCGGUGGAGUCUGCCUGCCUCCUCACACUCAGCCGCCCUACAGCUGGGGGGAAGGCAGCAGGUGGACCGUUUGGGAAGCACAGAGCCUGUGCGCGCUCAAGACACCUCAUUUCUCCCAGGAGAGACGCGUGGCUCGGGCACGCUGCAGGCCCCGCAGUGAGUGCGGCCUGGCAUUUUGUCACUCCCCUCAGUGGUGACACCCGGGGCGGCCCGUGCCUACCUCACCCCCCCUUCCUCUGGUUGCUAGGUCAAGAUGAUCCCAGAGGUGGACCCCAGUGAUGUCAUGAACAGCUACUCUUGCUCCACGAAGUACUAAAGUACUAUGAAGGGGUUGAACAAUAGUGAGCCUGGAGAAGCCAGUAUUAGGUGCAUUUUCAGCUCUGCGGCUGGGCCCACAAUUCAAUUGCAUUUUGUUUUAAUUUGCUCAUUGCAAAUAGCUGAAAGUCUCUAAAUUUUGAUAAUGAACCCAAUUUGCAAUGGGGGUUGAAUAAUUUCAUUUGCAACUGUAAUUCUGCCUUCAAUCCAGAUUUUAGUUUGGUAAAAUGCUCCAUUUCCUUAAACACUCUGCUCCCUCUUCCAUCAUGUCAUUGAUUUCUGUUUUGAAAAGGAAUUCUUGGUGAUUUCUUUGCUUCAAACUAAACUAAACUAAAUAAUAAACACCUCCUUUAGUCUAGACUCUGCAGUCUCCACUUCUGUCAAUUUUUGUCUUUACAUCUUUUUUAUACCUACCGCCCACUAAUGCAUCUUUCUUGAUGGUAAAAUUUCCUUGCCGCCCACCAGUGUUCGAUGGAAGGAGAAUUCAGCUUGUGCUGUAGAACCCCCUACCGCCCACCUGGAAUCAUGAAACACCCACUAGUGACCUAGUGACCCACUAGGGACCAGGUUGACAACUCCUGGUCUAGACUCUCCAGUCUGUCAAUUUUUGUCUUUGCCUCCUCUGACUUAUUUGAGAGCCAUCCAAGAAUUGCUCUGGGGUUUCUUUUUGAGGGGGGGGGGGCAGGAAGUCUCAGCUAUGGCUGUUACUCUUCAUGUGCUCUGCAGCAAUACGCCUUAUGUCAACCACAUAUGCACACUCUUAAGGCUCUCCUCCUCUUGAGCCCAGCUCAGUUCCUUUUCUUCCUCUGCUCUCCUUCCCACCACAAAGCCCUGGAGAUGGAGGUUAAUGAGGAGAGGGUAGAAGUGAAGGAGGGAAGACACCACCCCCCCCCCCGCGCGUGCGUGCGCUCCAGAGAGUCAGUGUUACAAUUUACAGCCAGCUCUUGCUGAGCUUAAGCUUGCAAUCCCCCUGGAGGGGACCGGGCAAACCUGGAGACUAGGUCAGCCCUAGAGCCCUGGCAACCCUAGAGUUCUGGUUUGCUGCUUCUCUUUUAAACUUCUGGCCUUUCUAUUCUGUCAAUUUUUCACUGUGAUUUCAUGUGCCUAUUCCACUUCAUUAACGCUUUGCAAAGCAAUAUGUGAGGUGAAACACAACCAUCCUUCCAAAUACACCCUUCUCUAGACUUUGAAAAGAAGUUCUGCAUCCAAGAAAUGUGCACAAAAGUCAUAUACUAGGGUAAAAAUGCAUGAGUGGAAAUAUAUACAAAAAAGCAUUAUAUUUGGAAAAAGUGCUUUGCAAAACUGUGGGUACUAGAUAAGAUGGCAGACAAACCAUGCAAGCUUCAAGAAAAUUGCUCUAAAAUGAUUUUCAUAAGCACUUAAAAAACAGGUGGGGCAUCAUCACCAUCAUUUUAUUUGUACGUCGCCUUUCCACAGUUAAAACAAUGCUCAAGGUGGCUUACAAUAUGAAAAGAUUUACAUAAUUACAAAUAUAGCAAAGUAGUCAUAAAAAUAAAUAAAACAAAUUAAAAACUACAUAACCAAACCAAACAAUUUCUACAUAAAAUUACAGAUACAAAAAGUUAAUACCAGAAACAUGGAGAACUAAACUUCAGAUUUGCUUAUCCUCAGUUUUAGCUACUAUUAUUGCUGUUGUUGUUUUAUUUCACUAAUCUUGUACGUCGCUUUGAAUUUUUUUUAAAAAAGCUUCAGAUUUAAUUAUAAAUAAAUAAAUGUUUUGACUUGAAAUGUUUGAGUAUAAAUGGUCCCUCGCAGGGCAUACAAUUCCGUGUACUUGAUUGCUUUUGCAUUAUACGAAAACCGGGUUUAAGAUUUUGUUACUGGGUUUUUUCAAGACUACAUUGCUAACUCUAUUCAUUUCUCUCCCCCCCCCCCCAGCGUUCGUUGCAUUUUCAACCAUGCCACACCUAGCCAAGAAGAUCAAGAUGUUCUUUGCAUUGGCACCAGUAGCCACUGUAAAGUAUUUGACCAACACGGCUCUGACCAAACUUGCAAUGGUUCCUGAACCUCAGCUCAAAGUACGUAUUUUGGACAAAAUAUGUGUUCAAACAACAGAAUGCAAAUAUUGCUGGAUGUAGCUAAGUACCAUCCUUUUCCGUCUAUGGAACGCCCACACGUAUAAGACACCCCCUAUUUUGGGGCCUCAAAAUUUAGAAAAUACGGGGUUUGGGGGGAGGAUUAUUUGGGGGGAAUGCUGAAAAUCGCUCACCCACCGGAACGCAGCACACAACUGCUCAUGUUGCAGCUGCCCAAUUGCCGCCAUUAGCUCUUCUGAUUCCACUUUCGUAGCUAAUAGACAGGUGCCCUUGUCACAGCAAGCAGGAGUGUGAUUGGCAGCCUCUGGCGGCAAUCGGGCAGCUGAUAGGUGGUUUCCGCUUGUGUUGCUGAAAUCGCCGCUUACAGUCUCAGGCUCGUGCCAAAAAACCAUUCGCCCAUCCCUUCUCAGCAGUACCUGUGUAUAAGACGACCCUAAAUUUUGAACCUCAUUUUUGGGUCAAAACAGGUCAUCUUAUAUACGGAAAAAUACAGUACUUGGGGAUGCCCUUUCCAUUUGACCUGAGGCCAUUUAUAAUGCUCUUAGACCACUAAAGAGCUCAAGCUAGUCAAUGCUGCAACUUGAUAGCACAGUGUCGCUUUGGCUGUUCUGUGCCAGGACUUUUUUGGGGUAAAAAGAAUGAGGGGCUGGUUCUUCUCCCUUGCUGUAUGUGCCACGGGUUCCAGUUUCUGCUGUGGACAGAAAAAGAAAGGUGUUGGUAUUCUGUACUCGUGGAUACUGUUUGCAUCUGGUGCCCAUAUUAAAUAAUUUGGCACAAUUCUCUACGGUUCCUAAUAAAAUUGCCAUGAGAAACUUUUCGGUAUGGUGGUAGAUCACACCUGUGGGUAACUCAGUUGCCGUUAAAGCAAUAAUUCUGAACAGUUACAUGGGAAUGUAUUUAUAACAGUAUUGCUUUAUUUACAGUACAGUAAGCUUGUGCUCCAGGGAUCUUGCUUAACGUCAAAACCAAGUAGAGUCAAAACCUUUCAGGUUCAAUGGCAGGUGGGAUUGCCAAAGCCCUUUCCCCUGCAACCCUGCAACCCUGCCCCGUUUCCACCUUUAUUUCUUUAUUUCUUUAAAGUUGCGGACUUAAUUCCUUAUUAACAAUGAAUAGCUCUAGGGGAAGAGAGCCAUGCUGAUCAUAUUUACAGGCACAUGCGCCCAUUUUUAGGGCUCAGAGACACUCGCUGAUCAUGUUGGAGGCUGUUUACUUGGGUCUCCUGUGUUGUCUAUGUCUUCCGCCCUGCUGCUUUUAGCUCUAUAAAUCCAUAAAACAACAUUGGAGCAUGGUCAGUUUUCCCGCCAUGUUAUAGUCACGCUUGGCUGCUAUGCUACACUUCUGUCCUUUUCAGAUUUGAGGAAUAGCUACUUCUCAUCUUCUCAGCCUGGGGAUGAAGUCAGGAGACAUGACACUAAAUUAAGUCACUAGGCAUACAAUAGAGCAGUAAGGCACUUUUCCUGAAAUGACUGGAGAAUUGAAUGAUUUCAAGCACAUCUAUUUAGCUACUGGACAUUUGGCAAAAUGGACAUUUGGCAAAAUGUUUGCAUAACUCAUGUCUUUUGCAUAUUUGGGCUCCUACUGAACUAGUGUUCCUGUUGUGGGAACCAUUACCAUCUAGCUUGUUCCUGAACCACUUUAGAAGGACUCCAGCUGCACGUUGUGUACAUGGCAAGAUGCACCUGAACUGCAUCACGUCUCUUAGAUGGCUCUAAUUACAAUGUCUGUGUCUUAAAUAUUGCAGAGGAUCAUAACCUCCAACAUUUCUCCUAUAAAAAAUAGGGACAUCUUUUUAUUUUAUUUUAUUUUAUUUUAUUUAUACCCCACCCAUCUGACUCGGUUGCCUCAGCCACUCAGGGUGGCUUCCAACAUAUAUGAAAACAUAACAAAACAUUAAACAUUUAAAAACUUCCCUAUACAGGGCUGCCUUCAGAUUACUUCUGAAGGUUGUCUAGUGACUUAUCUCCUUGUCUGGGGGGCUGCAAAACUCCAUACUCUUCAUCAUUUCUCUGCUGAAAAUAGGGACAUCCUAAGGAACAGUGGAACUUUCUCAGAUCAAAUCAGAAACGAGGAUGGCUUCUGUAAAUCUGGGAUAGCCUCUGGAAAAUAGGGACACUUGGAGGGUGUCUGACAGUGCUUGUGGGAUUUGAAUGGGUAUUCUAUCCUAAAUGUCUGAGCGGAAGAUUCUCAUAACAGGUUUUUUUUGUAAUAUUUUGUUGCUACUCGUUAGAAGUAUCCAUAGGAAAAAAGAAUUGACUAACAAAAUGGUGUAUGUACUAAUGUUUUUGUUUUGGCAGAAAAUGUUUGGAACUAAGCAGUUUUUAGCUCAAGACGGAACAAUGAAAUGGUGUGCUACUUCCUUGUGUAACCGUUUCCCAAUGGAUUAUCUUUGUGGCACUGUUUUAUUCCUGCUUAAUGGCUUUAAUGUGCUAAACUUCAAUAUGGUAAGAUUUCUGAUUACUUAAUAGGAGUGUGCUCUAAAAAAAAGGUAGGUGUAUGGAGGCUUCUCUGAAGUGAUUGCUACUUGUGCCAUCCAUAACUUAAUUACACUUAGACAAAACACAGAAGAUAACUGCACAUUUUGCCUCAUCAUUUUGUGUCUAUGAUGGAUAGAGAUUUAUUUUUUAAAGGAGAGCUCAGAGUCUGGGAUACUAAUAAAAGCCUGUGUGGGUGCCAUGGUGUCUCCUGCACAAGGAGCAGUGACAUAGCAUGGGUUGCCAGUGCCUGCGGCAAGGCAAGUAUUGUACACCCUAGCCCCUGGACUGUGUGCUGUGCUUGCCCCAUGGAAAGAGUUAAGUGGAGUGGCCAGAGAGACUCCUCUCCACCACCGCUCAGAUUCUGGGGCACUAGUAAAAGCCUGUGUGGGUGCCAUGGUGUCUCCUGCACUAGGAGCAGUAACAUAGCAUGGGUUGCCAGUGCCUGAGACAAGGCAAGUAUUGUGCCCCCCGGGACGGUGUGCUGUGCUUGCCCCAUGGAAAGUGUUAAGUGGAGUGGAGUUACUAUGUAAACAUGGAUUCCUGUGUGAUAUCCCGAUGUUGAGCUCUGGUGCACUGCUUUUGUUCAAACAAACCAAAUGGAAGGGAAGUGGCUGUUGCAGUUUGUGAUAAAUUCAGCUAAUCACUUGCGCUUUCUUACAGAGUCGAAUCGAUGUUUAUUUAUCACACUUCCCAGCUGGGACAUCUAUCCAGAACAUGCUUCACUGGACUCAGGUGGCACCAAAACCCUCUCUUCUGUUUAAAAACAGUUUUCUAUAUUGAUUGAAGAAUGGGUGAUCAGGACAGGCUUUUACAAAGACUUUUAAGAAUGAAAUGAAUAAAUACGAUGAAAAGAAAAAAUAUUUAUAACUCAGCCUGUCUUUUUACAUACUCCAGAAAUAUGUUUUGUUUUUAUGAAAAAGGAUUUAAAGCUGAGAAAGUUUUAUUGUGUUUAAAUGUUUCCAAACAGGAGUAUUUCAAAAGCUAAGGAUACAAUAAUAUCCCCAAUGGAUUUGUUUUUAUUGUCAAAAUAGUCCCUCUGCAUGUAGAUGGACAAAAUACUACAUUUCUGUGAUAUUUUACUGAAUUGUGUCUCAGUGAAGAACCCAGUGCUACUGGAACCUUUGCCCACCUGAUUGGACUACAACUCCCAUCAGCCAGGCCACGCUGCCUUGUGCUGAUGGGAGUUGUAGUCCAAAGCAUCAGCAUGGCUCCAGGCUAGCAAAGGCUGUGUCUUCAUAUCACUGGGCAGGGAAGGCAGUGCUAUGAUUUGGGAGCACAUGAUCUUGAAUGCAGUAGAACAGAACAAUCUGACAAAGAGGUACAAGUCACAGACUUGUAGCACUAAAUAACAUGGGUUUUUUUUUUCUCCUAUCUGCGGUAGAAGAGGAUAUUAAUGCUUGUUUGUAAAUGGUUUAAAAGAAUAAAAGGAGAAUUCCCUACAUGCCUUGAUCCAGGUUUGGGGCAAAUUCACUUUGGUGAGGGAGCCCCAGCAGAAAUUUAAAAUCACAAAACAUGGAAAUAUAGGCUGUUAGAACUUUUAAAUAUCUCCCUUUAAGAUGCUUCCAAAACUCCCCUUCUUUCCCUUAGCAUAGAAAAAGAGCAUAUGUUUGGUAAGUUAUAAAUGGUUUAUUUACAGAGUCAUGUGCUUUCCCAUAAGAGUUGCAAGAAAAGACAGGCACUUUAACUAAGUGUCAUCUGAAUUAUUUGUAUAGAAACACAAAGUUGGCUUGCUAAAGCCAUACGGUAGAAGCUUGGAGCAUCUAGCUAAGAUGUCCUUUCUGAUUGGAUUCACAGGGUGGAAAAGAGAAUGAAUAAUGUCUUUGGUAGCCCUUCCUUCCAAAGUGUGGGGGAAUGACCUAGUUAAGCCUGGCUGGACUGUCUUAAACCCAUCAUGCUAACCCAUAGAGCUAAACAUGCUGGUUAUUUGAGGCUCAUAUAUCCCACAAUCGAGUUGUUUCUUCCCAGCCACUGCUUCCCUUGAACCUGCUCUCUAUUUUGGAUCAAUUCUGGAGAACCUUUUUUUGCUCCACAGGCCCGAUUCUUAUCAGGAUCAGUUUCACGUGCAAAUUUCAACAACAGGGUGGGGCAUCCAACCUGUUCAUAAUCUAUUAGAUGAAUCAAGGAUGUCAAAGCUCCUUGCAAGGUGCUCCUUCCAGAUUCCAAUGCAAACCACUUUAGUAACUUUAGUAACACUUCAUUUCUAGUAGGACACGUGUCAAACAUUCUCGAGAUAUCAGAUAAACUGAGGAGGCGUAGAAGGUUGAGCAGUACUAAAAAACAGGUCUACUGCUUUCAAAUAGCUUUGUGUACCUUUUUUUUGUAUGUUUACAUUAACUUUUGUUCUCACUAAAGAUGAAGUUAGACAUUAUUGCAUAGCCUUAAUCAUAGCAUGGUUUUUGACACAGUCAACAUCCCUGUUUAUGCCGGUGCCACGGUCUAUUCAUAUAGCACACUUCUAUAUCACCUGCUUUGCCCAUUUGGUUUUUCAAAGUAUGGCACACCUCUUUUUCAGAUUGUGAAGGCUGGGAAGUUCGAAGGCUUUGACUGGGGAAGCAAGGAAGCAAACAUGGCUCACCACAACCAGGUAAGAAUUUCUCACAAAUUGAGUAUUUCUCUCUGUAGGUGUUUAUAUGAGGGUAGAUACUGGUAAGGCUUGGCCACAGGUACUCGUGGCAAAGGCUACUGCUCAUAAAACACAUGGUGGAUAAUAUGAAGUUCCAAGGUAAAAUUAAAAAGUCAAGGGUAACAGACUUAAAUGAAGUUUAUCACCAGGUUCUACAUACACAAAAUUAAAUGGUUGUUGUGCCCAUAAAUAUAUUAACUUAUUUGUUUACGUAAAUCCAAAGAAUAUUUCUUAAAGCCACAGAAGUGUCCGCCAUGUCUUCUAUUCUCCAAAGGGACACAAACCCUGUAUGGGUGCCUGGGACCCCAUGGGCUCUUGCCACCACUCGGCAGUGGGAGGGACGGGCACCUGACUUUUGUCACAGUAUGCUCACCAAAUCAGAUCCAAAUAGCACCUUUGUUUAUGUGAAGUCAAAAGCCAAUAUGUUCAGUUGAUACAGCUUUGUACAAAAAAAAUAAAAUAAAUGGCAACCAUCUGUUAAAGCAAUGCAUACAACAUUCAAAAAUAGGAACAUAUGCAAAUAAACAAACAAAAACACAAACAAAUGGAAAAACUUGCCCAAAUAACAUUUGACAAUGCAGUGGUCAUGGGUGGUUUCAAUGAACUCACGUAAGAGGAUCUGCUAUUACUUUACGAACAAUAGCCAUUGCAUGUAUAAUCAGGUUUCUGUUUCCCUCUUCACUGAGCAGCAGCCGCAAGUCAUGGGACUAUGUUUUCAUUCUACAGUCCAGAUACUGUUGGGUUCCCAUGGGAAAGGGAGACGGGAUGUGACGUACACUGGUUUCCUGUUUCCUUUGUUCUGUCGUUCUUUGUUGGAGUUGCUCUCUGCUUCUCACAGAGACAAGAUGUAUAUUUGUAUGCUCUCUGCAUAGCUUAGGAAUAAAGCUUUUAGCAAUGUAGCACCAUACCUGCCUCAUCCUUUCGUUGCGGACACUGGAUGUAUACUCUGCAGGGCUUGAUCCAAGAUGAGCCGUAUCAGCUCCAGAUGGGCCGGAGCUGAAAAAUUAUAACCUCUAGCUCCAUUUCAUAAAAAUUCCAUGCAUUGUGUCAAUACAGUGACAAUAAUAAUAACUGGAAUGGCAAGAAAUGUGGCAUAAUUUCCAAUAAAGGUACAUCUUCAACUUGUUGUAUAACAGUCACCCAUUUUAUGUUCUCCUUAAGUCCACCAGGUGCUACUGUUCUUAAUCUAUAGAUUCCUCUCUCUCUCUCUCUCUCUCUCUCUCUCUCUCUAUAUAUAUAUAUAUAUAUAAUAUCGUCCAGUAGCACCUUAGAGACAAACUAAGUUUAUUCUUGGUAUAAGCUUUCUUGUGCAUGCACACUGUGUAUCUGAAGAAGUGUGCAUGUACACGAAAGCCUAUACCAAGAACAAAUAUAGUUGGUCUCUAAGGUGCUACUGGACAUUUUUAAAAAUAUUUUUAUAUAUUUCGACUGUGUCAGACCAACACGGCUACCUACCUGAAUACAGAUCCCUCGUAUUUCCUUCCUUUUAAAUUGUGUCUAUAAUUGUUUCUCUGAACCAUGUAUGUUCUCAAAGCACCAAUACUUUAGAUUUAGCAUCACUCUGCUCCUCUAUACAAUGUUUAAGCAAUGACACAUUGAGUUUUUUGGUCCUUAUGCAACUUUUGCAUUCCCCUGUCCAGAUCUUAAUCUUUCUUGUGGCCAUGCCAGUGUGUGAGGGCAUUAUCUUCAUUAAUCACUCCCUUGAGUAUUGUGGUUGUAUGCUUCAUUAAGGUGGUAAAUUUGAUUAAAAUCAGGAUUGCUCAAGGAAUUCCUUUUACCACCAUUACAACUCCAACAUGGGAAUUAUUUGGCGCAGCUUGAUAAUAUCUAGGGGGUUAAAGAGGUUUUGGAUUUACUUUAGGAUAUGCCAAAAUAUCUCUUAAAUUUGAUGCACAUUUACUAUAGGGAAUGGUCUCCAGAUUCCCUUGAGAAUAUCUAAUUUCUAUAUCCCAAAAAUAUAUCUCAAAUGUAAUAUGGGGAUGUAAAUUUGUUGACAAAUCUGCCAUAUGCCAGGUGCCUAUCUUCACUCCCCUGUCAUAUAAUGAAGAUCAUUUUUUUAUAAAGCAAUACAUCACACCCAUGAGGAUUGCUUCCAUCCUUUCUUUCAAAUUUAUCCCUCUAUACAUUAGCUAACUAAGAUAUAAGUCUGGUUCUAACAGCCAUACUUGAAAUUUGCCAGAAGAGUCUGUCUUGAAACUGCAAUCAUGUUUCUUCAGUGCUAACAAAACUGGAGCAGUAGGAAGAAUCACUGUUGGGAAUAAUGAUGAUAGUUGGGAAUAAUGAGUCAAAGACACUGAGCUGGUUUGUAGGUAACGCUAAGCCAAACCAAAGCUUGCUAUGAAUGCUGGUGUGGAAGAGCUUCCUGAGAGGAGAGCCUGGCCACUUCACCCUUCCCUUGACUCUCCUGCUGUUGCGAUUCUGCACACUAAUCCGUAGUUUGGUUUAGCAAGUUGCUCAACCCAGGCAUGUGGCUUGUCUUUCUCAAGACACUGCAUGAGUUGUAAAUACGAGAACAAACUUUGGUUCCAUCUUGUGGUUUGUUUGGAGUGAGACAAACCAUGAGCAUGGCUUUGUCCUUAAUGCUAAAGCAGCAGUAGUGAGACCAGAGAAGGGUCAAAGUGUCUGUGCACUCCUUUGAGGCAGAGUGCACAUUCAUGCUCAGUCAUAGUUGGGCUUAAUGCUACAUGAAAACCAUCUCAUUCUUUCGGAACAAUCAGUAAAUCCAGACAAUCAGUGCUGGAUUUACAGCCAGGCAGAGCGGCCUGCAGCCCAGGGUCUCGGCCACUUGCCAUUAAAAACAAACAAACAAAAAAACAAACAGGCAGAUGUUACUAUCUAGGCUCAGUUGCUUAGUAACAGUAAGGACAAGAACAAAGUUUAGGUACUCAAAAAAUCAUAGAAUCAUCACAUAACAGAGUUGGGAAGGAUCACAGGGGUAAUUGAGUCAAACCCCCUACAAUGCAGGACUUUUCCCCCCAGCAUGAGGCUGGAACCACAACCCUGAGAUGUAGAUUGACCAGGCAAUCUGCACAAUUUCCUCUUAAUGGAUGGAUUAUGUGCACUUUCUUGCACAACUUCUGAUGAAUGCCCAGUUGUUACGCACAUUAAUGGUUCAACUCUCAACUUAGAUAUGUUUGUGUUUUGCAAGUGUGCGUGUUUGAACAGGAAGUCUUUGCAGACUGUUUUUAAACUUUUUUUAUCUUCUCUCUUUUAGUCAACACCACCUUUCUACAGUGUACAACGGAUGACUCUUCCAACAGCUGUCUGGAGUGGUGGUAACGACUGGGUUGCAGACUCAAAGGACAUGGCCCUCUUACUGCCUCAGAUCCCAAACUUAGUUUACCACAAGGAUAUUCCUGAAUGGCAACAUCUGGAUUUUAUCAUAGGCUAUGAUGCCCCACAGCACAUGUACAUAGAGAUAAUGGAUUUAAUGCAGACUUAUAAGUGA